AUGGAGACAGUCAACAAAUACGUCACUGCCGCUUCGACCGCCAUCUGGGGCCAGAAUGGUGAUCCCAAUGCCACACAGAUCACCCAACAGCAUGGCGAAGAGCCACUCUCCGGUGUUCAGGGCAAGGGGGACACUACAGAUCCUUACGAUGCUGGAAACCGUGAGGAACAACCCGACGCCCCCAAAACAGAUGGAAACACCGCACCCCAAGAGCCCAACCUGGGCGGCAAGACACAAACAUUCGAAGAAGCCGCUGUCACAUCAGACCCCGUUGCUACCAAGACUACAACCGAACCUGCAACCUCAACCUUCGACCCCGAAGAUACCAGCUCCACUGCCGCGGUCAGCAACUCCGCACAGCCAAUCUCCAGCGGAUCAACCGAGUCCAACAAGGACAAAGAAACCGACACCGAACAGCGGGACUCUUCACAGAGCGCUGGUGAAAGCAGUGCUCCCCCACGUCCCGCCCACCCCGAGGCAAGCAUAGAGGCUCUCGAAGGUCCCCAGGGUCCCCCACCAAAGCCGGCUGAGGAAUUUGAGAGGGAGGCCAAGGGAAAGGCGCCCGUCAAAGAUGAUACACAGAAGAGCGAGAAGAGCCUGAGCGAUUCUAAGGACAGUGCCCCCAAGGACAACGCUUCCAAGACCAAUGACUCGCCUACCAGUAGUAACAAUUCUUCUCACUCCCAGGAGAGUGGAAAGAGUAGCAAGUUGGCUAAGGUCAAGGAGAGCGUGAAGAAGCAUCUUCACCAUUCAAGCAAAUAG